AUGGAACAUCAAUUAUUUAUCCACUGUGAAUCAUACCUCAUUAUCAUAUGCCGCCGGUGCAAGCACGCUGUGUGGCCAACCGAGAUUGAACGGCAUCUGAAAGGCAAGGCCCAUCAGCUAAAGCAUGCGGUGGUUCAGCAGAUAAAGGAGAACAUUGAACAGUGGGACAAUGUGGCUCGAGAUACUACACAGUUAACACUGCCCACAAUACUGAAUGAACCAAUCCCGGAACUACCCAUUCAAGAUGGCUACAGGUGCCAGCGGGAUCCCCAGUGCCAGUAUGUGGCAGGGAACAUGAACACCAUGCGCAAGCACUGGCAGAACAAGCACAGCUGGUCGCCAUAUCCCAGCCGUGGCCGUACAGCGCCACAAAAGCGUACGGCAGCACAGGAUGAGGUGGACAGAUCAUGCCAGAAGGUGCAGUUCCAGCAGGUAUUUGCAUCGCGCAAGGGCUCCCACUACAUACAGAUCCAGACUAAGGAGACUACUGAGCACACCGGCACGCCAGACCAGAACAGAGCCAGCCAUGUCAUUGAUGAGCUGGAGCGGUUUUACCGGGAACAGCAACGGCAGACCAGCAAUGUCAUCCAGGCCGGGGAGCACGAUGAAGCCAACCCAUGGCUGCGGCGGACCAGAUGGCCGGUGUACUUGACCAACAUCGCACCCAAUGAUCUGGUCAACUGCGUGCAGCGGCCCGACGAUGACACCACGUGCCCAAAUGAACUGGCCGCGAGGGCCAUCUGGGAGGCCAUGGGGCAGGUUGCCCGUACCAGCCAGCGAGUCAUCACACGGCUGGGCCACUUCGUCCGCAUCGAGGCCAUCCGCACAGAGCGACACCAGACCCGGCACACCCCGUUGCAGGCAUACAUGGACGAGGAGAGCAUCGCCGAGCACGUGAGGCCAUGGCAGCAGAUGUUGAUGUUUUUCGCCCGAACGCAGGUCGAGCAUGAAUGGACGAGCCCACAGUACCGGUUCACACCACGGCAGCGCAAGACAUGGAGGGUAUUAUGGCAGGUAGCCACCGCAGAGGGAGCCGACCAGCGACACUCCAUCAGCCCAGACCCCAUGGAUGAGCAGAUGACUGAGGAAGAAGAAGAGGAGGAGGAGAAGGGACAGAGAGAUACCCAGCCAGAAGAAGAAGAUAAGUUCAAAUCAACCAAGAUCCAGAUGGCAUGUUUGGAUUUUUGA